AUGGAAUCAAUGCCAAGAAUGGAUUCAAAACAGCUGUCAUACCGCAUUGCAGUUCCUGAUGAUUUUACUCAGAUUGAUGUGUUACUUCAAAAGCAUUUUAUUUUGCAGGAGCCAACUGACGUAGCGCUUGGGCUGAAUCGAUCAACGCCAGGUUAUGAUGAGUUUCUCCAAGAAGAGAUCAGGCAAUGCUUGACUCAACCGUACACCUUCGUUGCCAUAAAUGAAGAAAAUGAAAUCGUCGGGGUAAGCAUGAAUAAAAUGAGUCAUAAGCCCAGUCAAAAUGCAAUCGAUGAUUGGAAGCUAGAGAAUCCUGUUCGAAGCGAACUCUCCGCUCUGGAAAUUUUGCAGGUCUUCUUGGCAAAAUUAGAAGAAGAAGUCGACAGGCUUAUCCCAGAAGAUUGUCGUAAGAACAUAUUGAAGAUUUCCAUCCUGUGUGUGCACCAGAAAUUUCGACGCCUUGGCAUCGCGGCCAAAUUGGUGGACUUAUCUUUUCAAAACGCCCGAAAGCUCAAAUUCUGUUGCGUUUUUGCAUUGUUAACUGCAAAGGCAUCCCAAAACCUUUUCAAGAAUGAUGGCUUUGAAGUCUUGCGAGUGAUAAAGCAUAAAGAUUUUGUAGAUGAAAACGGAAAGAGAUUGUUGAACUGUAAUGAUGGAACCGACCAAGGACAACUAGUUUUUAAAAUACUCCAGUCUUAA